AUGUCACCAUACUUGCACCUGUCUCGCCAUCUCCAUGCUAUGCGCCGACCAAGGGGCUGUGGUGGUCGCUUCCUUAACUCAAAGCCGCCAAACAGUGGCAAAAACAGAACUGAUACAGACAAGACUGGAAACUGUCAAACUUUCCAGCCCGCUGAAUCUCAGAACUCUGAAGUUCUGCAAUCUGAGAGUGUAAACUUGAACUCACCCAGUGGCAGCAUGGCAAAUCUUUUGGGUUCAGAGGUGACCAGUAGUAUAUUUUCUACAGGGAAUUUCAAUCAACAUGCAAUCAAUCAUCUUCGUCCAUCUGCUAACUCUGUCUCUAAUAUGUUGAAGUGGGUUGCGGCUGAUCCUGGCCACAGCAACCUGAAAACUUGCCGGCAAGGGAAGGGUGGGAUUGGUGUGGAGUUGUUGGCACCUCCCCGUUCUUGA